UCUAAUUCUGUUUGGAGGGGGCGGGGCUGAGUCUGAGGCAGCCCCAAAGGGCAAAGACACCCUCAUUCUGGUCUCUGUCCGUCCCCCCCCCCACUGGACCACCUCGCUCCAGCUUGCAGCCACCAGGUUGUGUUGUCUCGCGGGGGGAAACGGAGUGAAGAAUGCACAGUGUUGGAGGCCAAGAGUGACACACACACGCACACACACUUUUUUACCACUUUGGGAUUAAACCCUGGGAUUAAAUCUUACACAGGAGUGAAGGACCUGCCAUCACUGACUGUUUUCAUGGCAACGUAAGCCGCCACAAGGACUGACGACGACUUUUAGCCGAGCGCAAUGACUGAAGCAGAAGCGAGGUCGUCCACCACCACCAUGGUCAUCGACGGUAAGAAUGGAGACGCCGGCGUGCCGUCCGUCCGCCUGUCCAAGAAGACGUUCACCGAUGACCUGUACUCCACGUUCAGCUCGCCACUGGCCUGGAUCCUGGUCCUGGCCCUCAUCAUCACCUGGUCGUGCGUCUUUGUCAUCAUGUUCGACCUGACCGACUACAAAACCAUCUCGGGCGGCCUCAGCAAGAUCGGCUCUGACCCCGUGAAGGCCGUCAACGACGUGGUGGAGAAGUCCACCAACGUGGUCAGCGUGAUGUUAAAGUUUGCUGCCAGCCUCAUCGCGCCCGACGACGACGGAAAUCUCUACGCUGUGAGGAAAAAAGGAGAGUUUCUUCCAUCACGAAGUAAAGUCAUUGGCAUGCAAGUGAAGAAGUCACGGCCAGCGGUUGAGGUGGUCCAUGAGGACGAUGAGGAAGAGGAGGCUGCCGAGCAGGACGAGGAAGAGGAUGCCCAAGAUGAGGAGGAUGAACUAGUGGAGGAGGAGGAGGAGGAACUAGUGGAUGAUGAGGGGUAUGACGAGGAGGAGGAGGAGGAGGAGGAGGAAGAGGAGGAAGACUAUGAGGAGGUGGAAGAGUAUGAGGAGUACUAUGAGGAGGAGGAGGAGGAGGAGGAGGAGGAGGACGAGGAAGCAACUGAAGAUGAAGGAGUUGCUGUGGAUGAAGAGGAGGAAGCUGCAGAAGAGGAAGAUGCCAGCGAUGAGGAAGAGGAGGAGGAGGAGGGAGGUGAAGAGAUUGGUGAGGAAGAAGAGGAGAGGGUGAAGAAGGAGGAUGAGGAGGAUGAGGACGCUGCAGUGGAGGAAGAGGAUGGAGAAAAGGUGGUGAAGGCGGAGGAAGAGGAAGAGGAGGAGGAGGAGGAGGGAGCUGAAGCAGCUGAGGAGGAGGAGGGAGAAGAUGAGGAGGCUGCUGUGGGUGAAGAUGACAGUGAAGAAGAUGAAGAUGGUGACACCAAAGAGGAGGAAGACGAGGUAGUGGCCAAAGACAGUGGUGAUGAUGAGGAGGAGGAGGAAAAGGAGGGAGCAGACAUUGUUGAUGAAGAUGACGACGAAGAAGCUGAGCAGGAUGAGGAUGCUGAUGAUGUGUCUGCCGAGGAGGAGAAGGAUGAAGAUGUGUCUGCUAAGGAGGAGGAAGAGGAGGAGGAGGCGGAGGAGGAGGAGGAGCAUGAAGAUGUGUCUUCCAAGGAGGAGGAGGAGGAGGAUGAAGAUGUGUCUUCCAAGGAGGAGGAGGAUGAAGAUGAGGCCUUCACUGACUUCUCACAGCCUGUGCUUCUCUCCAGUGAGGAAGAGGAGGAAGAUGAUAGUGAUGAUGUUGAUGACGACUCCUAUCUUCCUCCUAUUGAUGAUGAUGAUAAUGAUGAUGAAGAGGAUGAGGAGGAGCUUCCUCUCAAAGUUUUGAAAGAGGACAUCAAAUCUGGGGAGGAUGAUGAAGAUGUCCUGUCUGUCACGACGGAUGAUGAAGAGGAGGAUCUUCACAUCAACCUCUACGACCUUGACGACAAAGCCGAUGAUGUCACUGAGGAGGAGGACGAUGAUGAUGAGGAGGAAAAGAGCCUUCCUCCCUUUGAUAGUAGUGACACCUUGGCUGAUGAUGAUGAUGAUGAGGAGGAGGAGGAAGGUGAACUAGAGGUCACGCCGACAUUGGCCGUCGAUGAAGGUCACCUUGAAGAUGACAUGACAUCAGAGUCUCAUCAGGAGGAAGAGGAGGAGGAGGUUGAUGAAGAUGACGUGUUGUCAGCGCCGUCUGAGGCGCCACUUCCUGUCCAGGACGGGGCAGCAGAGGCUGAGACAGAUGAGGAGGAAGAGGAUGAGGGGGAUGAAGCUGAGAUGCUUGCAGCGCCCCUCCCAAUGGGGGAUGAAGAUGAAGAAGAGGAGGAGGAGGAGGAGGAGGAGGAGGGAGCCAAGGCAAGCAAAGCGAGGGAUGAAGCACCUGCAGUCUGUCCCUGCAUGACUGCUGCAAAGACCAAAAUGUCUGCUGGCAGGACCUCUGACAAGAAAGAAGCUUCCAGGAGGGUUUCUGCUGUGAGGAGGAAAGAACAUAAAGCAGUGAGGAGCACAGAAAGAUCUGAUGGCAAACCAAGGAGGACAGCUCUUCCCAGAAUUGCCAGUUUAGAGCCAAAAAUGAGACGGAUCAGAAGAAUUCCAGCUCUUCUUAAAGCCAAAAGGGAAGAAAAGACCAAGAAGUCUAAAGCAGAACAACCCACUGAGAAGCAAAGCCCAAAACAAGCAGAGGUUCCAGAACCACAGCAAGAUGUUGGUCCUUGCAGACCAGCACCAGUCUACUGGCCAUCCCCUCCUGGCUGGUAUGUUCAUCAGAUUGUCACAGACAACCCGUACCCGCCUCCAAGCGUCUCAGGGUCUGCUGCUCCGGUUCUGACUGCGCAUCCCAUCCAUCCUGCUGCCCCACCCAUGCAGCCUCUUUAUCACCAACAACCAAUGAUGGCGCCGCUUUAUGCCCACUAUCAGCCCUAUUCUCAGCCGGUACCGCCUGUCAUGCAGCAGAUGCCAGAACCAGUGCAGCCAGUCCAACAAGCUGAGCCAGUGCAGCCAGUGCAGCCAGUGCAACCAGUGCAACCAGUGCAGCCAGUCCAACAAGCUGAGCCAGUGCAACCAGUGCAGCCAGUCCAACCACCAGAACCUGUCCAACCAGUCCAACAAGCAGAACCAGUACAGGCAGUCCAACCAGAAGCUGCAGAACAAGCCCCGCCCGCUCAGCCUGAAGUCCAGGCUCCGCCCACUGUGGUUGAGGUGAAAGAACCAGAACCCAAAGCGGAACCAGAAGCAGAGAAGGUUCACAAAGACACAACAAAGAAAGCUGUAGCUGCCAAGAAGAAAAAGAUAAAGACCACCGAUGAUCUUGAAGAUGGUGCGCUUACAAAAGACAAAGCAACAACUACAAACAAAGUUCCAAAAGAGAGAAGCAAAGCGUCAAAGACAAAAGCUACAACAACACGACACAAGAGAAGCUCCGCCUCCUCAAAGACAGAUGUCGUCAAGAGCAGAGUCAGGUCCUCUGCAGGCAAAAAAUCUCCAGAAGCAGAACCGCGCUCGCCAUCCAUCAGACUGAGGACCAGGCUGGACCCUGAGAAGAUGGCCAACGUGACCUCGCAGGUCAAAGAGGACAAACCCACCAAAUCUUCAGCAUCAGAGCCAGCCAAGACCAGAGCAACAUUGUUGACAGGCAAGACAAGCAAAGCUGAUCCGGCGGAGAAGGAAACGUCUGCAAAAGAGACUAAAUAUAAAGCGGAGAAACAACCUCCACAAGCCAAAAAGUCAAAGACAGAAGCUGAUCCCACUGAACAGAAGAAAUCAGGUCAAAGAUACUUCCAGUGUAUUUACGUCCCCGGCAAAAACGCACAGUACCCCCUGCGACCUUUCACCCCGGCCAUGUCCCCCACCGUCAUCAGGUCCAUGAUGGAGCAGCAGAAAGCCGCCAGGACGCCAGGACAGUAACUGGGACCCCCUCCCAUAAGGGCAGGGUGGGGACGGUGGGGUUGGGGAAAGGACUUGUUUACACUCAGAGCAACAAGGACAGAACUACGAGUCUCUUUAUUUAUUGUUUAUUCACCACCAGGCCGCCGUCAUGGCCGCCGGUGGUGACGUGUAACUUGUGACACGGCAACAACAUGCUUUGAUACAACGCCACACACAGACAACAAAGAGUUGACUUGAUUUAUCGUUACACACGCAAUUUCCUGGUCAUGUGGACGUGUUUGCACCACUUGUUGCUAGGCAGAAUUCACAGGGCACAAGUAUCUACGGAAUUUAAAAGGCACACGCAUACUGUAUAUUCACUGCUCGAGUGUCUCCGCUGCACAACACAGAGCUGAGAAAGGACAAGGAGAGACGGCAGGAACCUACUCCAAAAACAGCACUACCAGGACGCACUCAGCAAUUAAUCGAGGCACGGCAUCAAUUAAGGCCGAGGCCCCUAUUUGAUUUGUCAGUCAUUUCUCUCUGCUAAUCACGUCCAGCUGCGAUGUUAGCAUUAGCAUUAUUUUGCCGCAAACACUGCAACAUUUCGACCUUUACGUUAACGUGACCAACUGGUGAGACGCCGUGAUGCUAACCCACAUUGCGCUUAUCAGCCAGGACGAGCGCACGUUGGUUAUUAAUCACUCUUUACCUCACGUUGGCGUCUACGGGGAGGCAACACGGCGGCCACGUUGGCGCUACGCAGCUUUUAGCGUUUAGCAUGACCACACGUGUUUAUAUCGAUCGAUGUCUUACUUGGUGAAAACGCGCAAAGAAAGCCAAACGCUUCACAUCUUUGAAUGACCUCAUCGGCGCUACACCGGUUGCUAUGGUGACGUGAGGUCAUAGGUCAACUUUCAAGUCUUAAGACGUGCACGGACUUGAUGAUGAUGUACGUUGAACACAGGUGCACGUUCACAUUUUGAUUAAAGGCAUAUUUCCUCUUUGACUUGACAGAUUAGCCGUUAGCAUGUUAGCUAACAGAGUUUGCAAAAUUAAAUGAAAGCGUUUUAGUGUUCUGUUUAUUGUCGGAAUUGUCGCAAGGACACUUUUUUAAAAAAAUUGUGUCCCUGCUUGGUUCUUUAGACCACUUUGGGAACGCUAUUUUGAGUUAGCAUGUUGCUAUCUAGCAUGCGCUAACCACUCAGCUAGCCACGAGCUAAGCUAAGAUUUAACUGUGCUACUUCUUGUGUUUUGGGGGUCACAAAAAGUUCACUUUUGUGUGAAUUUUAGGGUCAACAUGGUCCACAUGAUUUUUAGUGUGACUCUUCGGCCCGAGGCCUCAUGUUGCUUUCAUUUCUCCUUUAAUAAUGUUAAUAUUAAUAACAUAGUGAUGAUGAUGAUGGAGCCCUGCAGAGUGUGUGAUUCCAGAUGUGAAUAAUUGUUGUUCAACACAUUUUAUUAUAAAAUGAGUAAUUUAUAAAUAUGUUGUGAGGUGAUUCAUGUUCUUCAAGUAUCGCGAACAAUUCAAGUUGUGCUCAAAACAAAGCAAAGCUGAUUAGAAUGCAGUUUACUCACACACAAUUUACGAUGACUAAGCAGUUUAGUAAGAUGGCCAACUUUGUCAAAGAGGUUCAUGUUUUUUUUGUCCACAAUCAUCACUUUGGUUUUUUGUUGUCAUUCGCACAGCAGAUUAUUUAUUCAAUAAAAGUGAGUCAUGUGCUACUUGGAAAAUAUGAUUUAUUCAUUUGCUGUCUGACAGCAUAUGCUAAGCUAUGUGAACAAAUCUGCGUCAUCUUAACAUUUUAAAUAUGCUUAAAAGUAAUAUACAUGCAUUUUUGAAAGUUUAAGAAAUUGUUGCAUCUUCAGAGGGAGCCGCCAUUGUGGGUUUUCUUCUUCAACGCUCAUACGGUGACAGAACCCACAUCGCCAUCUACUG